AUGAUCAAACUGCUUCUUACACUAGUUCUGUUUGGCAAGACAGGAUUUAUCAGAGCUACCUCAAUCAUUCAGGCAGAACGUUUUAAGACUUUCAUGCCAGGAGAAACAGUGACUCUACAAUGCUCCAUCUCCGAGGUCCUUGAAAAUUAUUUCUCCUGGUUCAAGCAGUUAUUGGGGAAAGCUCCAGAAUGCAUAAUUAGUCUUUAUGCUGAGUCCCACGAACCAGUGCUUUAUGGGGACUUCAAAAACGACCCAAGGUUCAAAGUCAAGAGGCAAGGAACAGACUUAAUUUUGACCAUUACAGAUGCAAAGCCAUCCGAUACUGGAAUCUAUUACUGUGGGGCUCGUGAUUAUGACCUUAUUGUGUUUAGCGAUGGGCUGUUUCUUAUUUAUGAGGGUAAAAUUGAAGAAACCAUACAGCAGAACACAUCUAAACCUAUCCAGCUAGGAGCAAAUAUGAAUUUGCAGUGUAGAGUCCACGCUGAAAUUUGUAUGCAAGAUCACAGUGUCUACUGGUUUCGACAUGGAUCAGGAGAAUCUCAUCCAGGAAUUAUAUACACCCAUGGAAACAGUGGUGGUCGGUGUGAGAACACCUCAAAGCCUGACUCCUCUACACAGAAAUGUGUCUAUAACCUCCCCAAGGAAAGCCUCAGUCCUUCUGAUGCUGGGACCUAUUACUGUGCUGUGGCCACAUGUGGCAAGAUACUUUUUGGUAAUGGGACUAAAGUGGAACUUGCGGAUGCUGAUUCAAGUCAGAUUGAUAUUAAGGUCAUCAUACUGGCGGUGUCUAAUGCACUCUGCUUGGUCAUCAUUGUAAUGCUGAUAUGUGUGAGGUGCAAGAAAAAGUCUUCAACUUUACUAGCACGGUUAUACAGGCGAGCUGAGCUAUGCGACAGUGAGUUUCUCUGGAAGGAAAUCCAAGAGAAGAGAUCUGGGGACCAAGGAACACGCAGCAGUAAUCUACUCCACUGCAAGAUGAUUUACCUGCAGGACUAA